CAGAGGCUGUUGCAGUAGAAGCGGUUACAGAAACCGAAGUUUCUGCCGCAGCAGAGCCUGUUGCAGUAGAGGCGGUUGCAGAAGCAGCAAUGCAAUUGGUGGAGGAGGUUGUCACAGAUCUGCCUGAGCCAGAACAGGUGGUUGAAGCGGUCGUUUGUCCCCCAGAUGAGGAGGAUGAAGCUGAAGUAGAGGUGUUGGCUGAAGAAGUAACACCUGAGGUCGCUGCUGAGCCAGUUGCAAUCACAGAGGUGCCAGACAUCGUCCCCGAGGCUCCAGUAGAAGAGGUGGAAGCCCCUGUAACUGAAGUCAAAGAGGACGUUGCUGAUACGCUGGUUGAUGACUUUGUUGUCACAGAAUCUGUCGCAGCAGUGGAGAUUGCCAUUGCUGAGUCUGCUGCUGUCGAGCAGGAAACUGUGGCCAUGAGCGAGCCUGUCAUCGCUGAAACAGAAUCUGUAGAUGUGACCCCCGCUGAGCCUGAGCCCCAACCUGAGCCCACUCCCGCUCCUGCUCCCCCUGCAGAGGAAAUGACCAUUGAUGCCACUGCUGAGCAGAAAUGUGUGGAUGUGCCAUCAGAAGAGCCAAAGUCAGAAAUCUGUGACAUGCCAUGUCAAAUGCAGCAACUCGUUGUGGAGUCUGUGCAGCUCAAUUCAGUGGAGAUGGCGGUGGAGACAGCGCUGAAUGGACACAUUGUUCCAGAGGUCUCCAUUGAGGGCUAGACUCACUUCACACAGCUUGAAAGACCUUUCUUGUCUUUAUUCCCCUCUGUCAUUUGGAAGACUCAAAGCUUUACUGGGAGUCAACCGGCUGACCUUUUUUUAUUAUUUAGGGCUUACAACAGGAUCGCCGGGAAAUUGAAGGGACAUCCACACUUUGAAGUGCCUUUCCUGCCCUGGUUCCUGUCACAAAACCAAACCAGAUGUCAACAUGCCAAAACUGCUGCAUUCAAAGCAUCAGAUCAGACUGUACUCAUAACUGUGCAGACAUGGAAACAUAUUGUGGCGCCUUUUUAAUCUGUAUUUCUCCCCAAAAGCAUGUACAGUGAAUUUGCAUCAGCAGUGGAAGCAGAAGUGAUUGAGAGUUGGAGAUUCCUCAAACAAGAUAAAUGGCAGUGCCUGGUUAUUUCUUACACAUUCCCAUCUCUCAGAACAUCUGCUUCCACACCGCAUACACUCAAUGCAUGUGAAUACCGUAGCAUUGAUGAAUGUGGCUAUAGUUUCUACCUGGGCCUAUGUUCAUAAGGAUGGGAGGGAAUAUUUUUCUGUUUUUUUCUCGUUUCAGAAUCACAGAUUUUGCUCGUUAGGCUCUCGUUUCUCAAAGAGGCACAGUCUUUACCCGUGCCUCCGUUUCUGUCCUCUUAUCUGUUCUCCAGUUCUCCUCGCUGCCUCAACUAAAGUGCUAAUGCUUCCAUUAUUCCGAUGCUAAAACACAUCCUAUGACUAUGGUUAAAAGGAUUUAUGGCCACUGGAGCCUUGAGGACGACAGAUUUUGAGGGGACGAGCUUAGAGGUCAUUUUCUGUAUUUUUUUUUUUCUCCUCCUUUUCUAAUUCAUUUUGUAUAGACCGUAUGAUGUGCUACAGUUUUGUGUUCAA